AUGACAAGGGUUUGCCUGGUAACUGGGGGCACCGGUUUGCUAGGAAAUAGUUUACGGGAAGUAAUAAAAAAGGAAACCCUGCACUUUGUAGAAAAUGAAAAUGAGAUAAUUGUAAAUUCGGAGGAUAACAAUGUAAUUAAGAAAUAUAUUUUUUUAAGUUCCAAAAUGUGUGAUUUAAAAAAUUUUGAUGAAGCGCAACAAUUUUUCGAAAAAAACGAAAUUACGGAUAUCAUACAUUUUGCGGCAUAUGUAGGUGGUCUAUACGCGAAUAAAAACAACAACCUGCAGUUUUUGGUAGACAACUUGGAGAUUAAUUUAAAUGUGGUUAAACUGUGCCACAGGCAUUCGAUUACGAGAGGAAUAUUCACUCUGUCUACAUGUGUCUUCCCAGAAAAGUGCACUUUGCCUUUAACUGAAGAAGACAUACAUGAGGGAAGGUGCCACCUGAGCAAUGAAGGAUACAGCGUGUCAAAAAGAGUUCUAGAAGUGUUGGUCAGAUUUUACAGAGAAAAAUACAACUACGACUGGAUUUGCAUAAUACCUACAAAUGUAUAUGGAAAAUACGACAACUUCAACUUAGCCUCUUCUCACGUAGUGCCUUCUAUUAUUCAUAAGAUGUAUUUGGCAAAAGUGAACAAUACAGAUGUACGGCUCAUGGGCGAUGGGACGGCUGUUCGACAAUUUAUUUACAACAAAGACAUAGCCACCAUUUUGUUUUACAUCCUCAAUACGUAUUAUUGCAAACAUUUCAAGAUAGUUAAGGAUGAAAUUUACAGCGUUAUAUUCUCCACUAAUUUACCUUCAAACGAAUUAACCAUUAAGGAGUUGGCGGAGAAAAUAAAACAUUUCCUAAAAUUCGACAAAGAAGUAUUGACAUCAAGCAGCGACAAGUUAAUGAAAAUUUUGGAUAACUCUUUCGCGUUUACUGACAUAGACAAGGGUUUGGAAGAAACGAUCGAAUGGUUCAUUGGCGCGUACGAGAGCGUAAGAAGGUGA